GUAAGUAAGAGCAGGACGGCGAUAAAAGCCUAUGAUGGUGUUGGUAAAUGUCACCAUACUUUACGUAUAUUUUCAUUUUGCCAUCAAACCAUAAACAAAGCGCUGCUCGUGACUGAAACGAUUUAUAAUAUAUUUUUGGUGUUUUGUGGCUGCAAGCUAUCAGGAAUAGUGAAAUAUGGAUCUUUCUAAACGUUUGAAGAAAAGUGGAGUGGCACGAAAACGUGCCAAAGCGAUUUGGGACCAUUUCGAAAAGGAAUGGGAAGAAGAGAAUCAGCCGGGACCUUCCUCUUCUGCUUCUGGUUCUGAUUCCGUUUUAGAAGUACCAGUAAUUGAUCUUCCGAAUUCUGAACACCCGGACGCACCAGAUAUGUUAGAGGAUGAAGAAGACGAUGUGUAUGAUGAUACGGAAUUUUUAUACAUGGAGGACGAUUGGAACGAAGCCGCAUCGGAUGACGAGGAUGAGGAAAAUUAUGCUGAUAGUGGUCCCGAAAACAACGAUUUUGCAAGGAGACUACGGAUUUGGGCAUUAUCUAACAAAAUUAUUCACACAACAUUGAGUGAUUUAUUGGUUUUGAUUCGUGAAACUACAAAUAUUUCUCUUCCUAGGUGCUCCAAGACGCUGCUGAAGACGCCGGUACGAGUGGAAAAGGACAUAGCGACUGUUGGAGGCGGGCAGAUGUGGUAUCAAGGAAUACAAAGCUCUCUUCAACAUUAUUUUCGUUCUGCGACGCCACGGGAUAUUAUUUUUGACAUUAACCUGUCGGUAUAGAUGGCCUUCCUCUGCAUCAUAGCUCAGCGAAAGAGUUCUGGCCCAUUUUGAUGCAAGUGAGCAACAUGCCAGAAAUACCGAUCAUGGUGUUGGGGAUAUUUUGCGGUUCGUCAAAACCGGAUAACGUUGAAGGUUUCCUACGGCCUUUAGUAUCGGAAAUAAACCACAUACUUGUGCAAGGUAUACUAAUAAACGAAACUGUGGUAGACAUCCGGUUAGGGGCAUUUAUAGCUGAUACACCAGCUCGUGCGUUUAUAAAUGGAGUAAAGUCUUAUAAUGCCAGGCAUGGAUGUAUCAAAUGCAAAAUAGUUGGCACCUUCGAUGAGAGCGCAAGGAAAACACUAUUUGGAGGAACAGCGGAGGAUCGGGCGGAUGAGGAAUUCAGAAGAGGAGAAUACACUGAACAUCAGCUGCGACACACACCGUUAUUAGACAUAAAUGAAUUCGACAUAGUUAAGGACAUAAUCGUAGCAGAUAAUUUACACAUAUUGCAUUUAGGUUUAACUAGAACUUUAUUGAAAGGUUACAUUUUAGGUUCAUUGCCUCCUCUUCUUAAAUGGACACCUCGCGAAUUGAAGGAAAUUUCUAAAUUAUUGGUUAAUGUAGAGUACCCAUCAGAAAUACACCGUAAGCAGAGGGCAUUAAAUUAUAUCACAUAUUGGAAAGGGUCCGAAUUGGCGGCAUUUUUACACCAUAGCAGCAUUCCUUUAUUGAAAAACAGAAUCUCGGAUAGGGCAUAUGAACAUUUUAAGCUUUUUUUCUUAGCAGCCAACAUAUUAUCGUCAAAAUUAUUUGAACAAUAUUGGGAAUAUGCAGGACAGUUACUACAGCAAUUUGUUUCGGAAUUCAGCACAGUUUAUAGCAGAAAUUAUUUAACAAGCAACAUACAUAAUCUACUUCACAUACCAGCAGACGUACAAAGGUUCGGGCCUCUCCCUCUAAUAUCAUCCUAUCCAUUUGAAAAUAAGCUUCAAUAUAUAAAGAGAUUAGUUAAAACAGGCCAUAGAGAAUUAAACCAGGUAGUAUGUAGACUAACAGAGCUUAGCGAAUUAGAAACAGCGGUUGAAAAUACAAAGGAACAAGUACAAUAUCCGUUAUUAAAAAUUAAGAAAGAGGAGGUUAUUUUACAGGUAAAACCAAACUUUAUUUUAAGAAAAGGAAAUAGGAAUAGUUGGUUUUUAACUCAGGGGAAUGAGAUAGUAAAGUAUAGUAAGGCAAUUCAAUCAUCGGGGAAAUUUUUUAUUGAAGGGCAUUUAGUGACUGUAAAAUAUCCAACAUUUACCACUCCCGUUAGUUCAGAAAUCAUUUAUAAUUAUACAGCUAAGAGUUCAAAUAUUUCGGAAACAUUAUUAACGAUAGAUUUAGAAAGCGUUAAAUGUAAACUAGUAGCUACAAGUUUGGAUAAGGGAAAUUCGUUUAAUUUUAGUCCUUUAUUACAUACGUUUGACGAAUAGAUAGUUUUAGAUAGUUACUUAUAUACGGUUAAUUAGUUAUUAGUUUUACAGUAAUUGUUAGUAGUAAGGAUAUAAUUAUUGUUAUAUAGUAUGUAUUAUGUCAUCAUUUUUAGUUUUAUACAGCAUUAAAAACAUAUGCAGUUCAACAAUAAUCAUUAUUAUCACAAAUUCAUGAAACUUGUCUUUUCAUUGACAAUCACAAUUCAAGUCAUAUCACUAGCCUAUAUUAUAUAUUAGCCUAUUCUGCUUUCUUGCGUUUUAUGGUAUUACGCAAUCCUUGUGUGGAACAUCGAAUCUUUCCAUGGUACAGCUUUUUUAGCAUAAAUUCCUUUAUAUCAUCAUCCGUGAGCAUGUCUCUUUUAAGGAAGGUGGCUCUUCCUACAAACUUAAAUAAAGAUAGGACAUGAACAAAUCUCUGUAGCUCUAUUUUUGGUUCAGGAAACCCCUUUCCCGUCCAACUGCAUUUGGACAAGAACUCUCGAUCCAUCAGCAGGUCUAACGUUAUCGAAAGCCUUUCGUUGUCGUCCUCGAUGCCUUUUAAGAUAUUCAGUAGUAUACGAAUCGUUUCGGACAUGUAUAUACUGUUAGCCUGGAGGGUUUGUUCCAGCGACUGUAACAUCUCCAAGCUCUCUAUUCUUUUAAGGUGAUCUUGAAGAUCGUUGGGUUUUUUCUUUCCGCAAGAAUGAUUUAAAAUCAGACUAACUUCCUGGGCCGUGUUGCACACAAUCUUGGACAUGAUUCCAAUCUGCUUUUCAAUCCUGUCCAGUUGUGUUCCCUUUCGCGAUCACACAGGUUUGCUCGAGGGAAAGUGAAGUACUUCGUGUAGGUACUCUGGGUGGUUGCAGAUCCGAGGAUGGAUUGGUAGUGGAAGUCGUUCUU